AAUACACAGACGCGAGGUUAACCACAAAAAGAUUCUCAGAAAAUCCAUAAAGCCAUUAUGAAUGCUGCACCAUAGACGAUAGAGGCCAAGGCAGCCGUCUCGUCAAAAUUACUUCUGUUUCUGUGCAAGAUGAAAAGAGCAGAGCUUGCGUUCAUCCCUGCCCCUGGAAUUGGUCACCUCGUAUCCACAAUCGAGUUUGCAAAACGUUUACUUGAUCGAGAAGACCGUUUUUCAAUCACGGUUCUCAUCAUGAACGCAGCAUUUGCACCCACCAACCAUAGCCUCGUACAGUCGAUCGCUGCCUCCCACACCCGGGUGAGAUUUAUUCAUCUUCCUCAAGUAGAUCCUCCCCCGAAAGAGCUUUUAUUUAAGUCUGUUGAGAAAUUCAUCACCGAGUUCAUAGAGAACUACAGAAGUCAUAUAAAAGAAACUAUCAUCAACCGUGUGUUAUCCGCUUCGCUUCCGCUUGCUGGGUUGGUGGUAGAUCUGUUUUGCUCCUCCAUGAUUGAUGUGGCUCACGAGCUUGGUGUCCCGUCUUAUGUCUUCUUCACUGGUAAUGCUGCCUUUUUUGGCUUUAUGCUCUACCUUCCAAUCCGGCAUGACCAGGUCGGCAUUGAGUUUAGGGAAACAGAUCCCGAGUCAGCCAUUCCGAGUUAUGUCAACCCAGUUCCUCCUGGUGCUUUGCCUUCAUUGGCGCUCAACAAGGAAGGUGGGUACAUCUCCAUGGUAAACCAUGGUAGAAAGUACAAAGAGGCCGAUGGUAUUAUUAUCAACACGUUUUCUGAGCUGGAAUCUCAAGCGGUAAGCUCUUUUUUAAUUGAUGGAAUACCUCCGGUUUACACGGUGGGACCGAUGAUUGACCACAAGGGUAAAACGCCUGCAGGGGAUAAUCAGGCCAACCAUGAGGAGAUAAUGAAAUGGCUUGAUGAUCAACCUCCAUCAUCAGUGGUUUUUUUAUGCUUUGGAAGCUUCGGAAGCUUUGGAGAACCCCAGUUGAAAGAGACUGCGCUUGGGCUAGAGCGGAGUGGCCACCGGUUUCUGUGGUCAGUGCGUUUAGUAUCCCGAGAUUAUGAGUUAGCCAAACCUACUGAUGCCCACAAUCUCGAGGAGAUCUUGCCACUAGGAUUCCUGGAAAGAAAUAGAGGUAUUGGAAGGAUAUGCGGAUGGACUCCACAAGUGGAGGUUCUUGCCCACAAAGCGAUCGGAGGGUUUGUGUCCCAUUGCGGGUGGAACUCGAUCUUGGAGAGCCUGUGGCAUGGUGUACCUAUUGCUACUUGGCCACUUUAUGCGGAACAGCAAACCAAUGCAUUCCAGAUGGUGAGAGAUUUGGGGUUAGCAGUGGAGUUGAAAAUGGAUUACAGGCUUGGUAGUGGCAUGCUUGUGAUGGCCGAGGAGAUAGAGAAGGCGGUGAGAUGUUUGAUGGAAUCUGAUAGCGAGGUGAGAAAGAGGGUCAAAGAGAUGAGUGAAAAAAGCAGAGAGGCUGUAAUUGAAGGUGGAUCUUCAUAUGCAUCACUUGGUCGACUGAUUGAGGCUAUAAUGGCAAACAAUACAGAAUCUGCAAGGAAGACUUGAUCCGUUAGAGGUUGAUUGGAGUGGGUAGAUAGCAAUAAGACCUUUAUAUACUACAGCAACAUGCUCUUCUUCUUCUAAAACUCAUGUUUUACCUGCUUCAUAUAAUACAUGUUUUCUUAAUCAUUUGCCUAUACAUAUUUUUUUUGCAUCAUACAGUGAGCUGUGACAUAAAAGACUGUGUCAUCCUUCUAAUUCAAGGAUGUUGUUUCUUAAUAAUUUUGUUCCAGAUAUGGUUGUUCCACAUGAUCCUUGUAUGAUUUGUCCCCUAGUUAAACAAAAAAAGUUGUCUUUCCCUCAUACUGCUCAGUUAUCUGAUGCUCCAUUUGAUCUUGUACGUUGUGAUGCUUGGGGACCAUAUUCUAUUUCUACUGUUGAACGUUACAGAUAUUUUUUAACGAUUGUUGAUGAAUCGUCUCUUGCUACAUGGAUUUUUCUUAUUAAAAGUAAAUCUGAGGUUCCUUUUCUAAUUAAAACUUUUUUCAAGAUGAUUAAAAAUCAAUUUCAUAUAAAAUCAAAACAUUUCACACUGAUCAUGGUGCAGAAUUUUCACUUUCUCAUAUUUUUAAUUCUAAAGGUAUUAUACACCAACACGACUGUGUUAAAACUCCACAACAGAAUUUUGUUAUAGAAAGAAAACAUCAGCACAUACUUAAUGUAGCCUUGUUCUUCUUCUUCCUAUUCAAUUUUGGAUGAUGCAAAACAAACAUGUAUAGGCAAAUGAUUAAGAAAACAUGCAUUAUAUGAAGCAAGUAAAACAUGAGUUCUAGAAUUAGAAGAGCUCCUGGUUACUUGCAGAAUUUUCAGUAUAACUCUUAUUCCUCUGCUCACUCCUCAUCAGCUCCUCCACCAGACAAAGCAUAUUGAAUUGGACUGCCACUUCAUCCUUGACAAAAUCCAAGCUGGGAUCAUUAAGGCUUUUCAUUUGGCUUCUCAUCAUCAACUUGCUGAUGUUCUAACUAAAACUCUUGGUCAUCAACAGUUUUAGAAUUUAAUCACCAAUAUGGGAGUUCCUUAUAUCUACUCUCCAUCUUAAAGGGGGUAUCACAUAUAUAUACUUUAUAUUUUAAUACACGUGUCAUGUAUCUUGUAGUGAUUUUAUUUGUGUAAGUGCAUUUCUAAUGUUUAUUUGUACAUACUAUACAUACUGCUCUUAUAUUUCACUUGUAUUCAUUUAGUCACUAUUCAUUGUAGAUCAUUAAGAUUUUGUCCCUUUUCUCUCA